CAUCUCUCUGUAUCUAUCUAUAUCUAUAUAGACAUAUAUUUCACAUUUUAGUGCCAUGUUCGUCUCCACCACCACCACCAUCUUCUAACCACAAAUCACAUAAACAAAAUGAAUAAGUAAGAGAAAACCCUAAUUUUGACUUUUUAUUACUUACCAAAUACUAUUAUCUGUAUCUAUAUAAUAUGGAAAGAAACAGAGGUGUGGUAGCGGCAGUUGUACUCUCCUUAAUUUGCACUGUUUUCGCCGGAGAUAUUGUUCAUCAAGAUGAUAUUGCUCCUAAACGACCUGGCUGUGAUAAUAAUUUUGUUCUGGUAAAAGUUCCUACUUGGAUUGGUGAUAAUGAAGAAGAAGAGUUUGUAGGUGUUGGUGCCCGAUUUGGUCCUACAUUGGAAUCAAAGGAAAAGGAUGCUAAUAAAAGCAGAGUUGCCCUUGCAGACCCUCCCGAUUGUUGUAGUACGCCUAAGAAUAAGCUUACCGGUGAAGUUAUCCUGGUGCACCGAGGUAACUGCAGUUUUACGGCCAAGGCACGUGUUGCUGAAGCUGCAGGCGCUUCAGCAAUCCUUAUUAUUAACAACCAAACAGAACUCUUCAAGAUGGUGUGCGAAGCAGAUGAGUCUAGUGUGUAUAUUCACAUCCCUGCUGUGAUGCUUCCACAAGAUGCUGGUGCGAGCUUGAUAGAGGAUCUCCAAAACAAAUUAGAUGUUUAUGUGCAGCUAUACUCUCCAAAACGCCCACUGGUUGACGUUGCAGAGGUGUUCUUGUGGCUUAUGGCCGUUGGCACCAUAUUAUGUGCAUCCUACUGGUCUGCCUGGAGUGCUCGUGAAGCAGCUAUUGAACAGGACAAAAUAUUAAAGGAUGCUUCUGAUGAAUACUUGAAUACAGAAUCUUCUCGAUCAAGUGGCGUGGUGGACAUUAACACAACUUCUGCAGUUCUUUUUGUUGUGAUCGCAUCCUGUUUCUUGGUCAUGCUGUACAAGUUGAUGUCAUACUGGUUUAUUGAGGUUCUUGUUGUUCUCUUUGCCAUUGGUGGUGCCGAGGGUCUGCAAACUUGUUUGGUAGCUUUGUUGUCAUGUUUCAGAUGCUUUGAACAUGCCGCGGAGACUUUCUUCAAGGUUCCAUUCUUUGGAGCUGUUUCCUAUCUUACUCUGGCUGUUUCUCCAUUCUGCAUUGCAUUUGCUGUUGUAUGGGCAGUUUAUCGCCGAAUAUCCUUUGCAUGGAUAGGUCAAGAUAUACUUGGUAUUGCGCUGAUAAUCACAGUAAUCCAGAUAAUUCGAGUGCCCAACCUUAAGGUGGGAACGGUUCUCCUCAGCUGUGCAUUCUUGUAUGACAUUUUCUGGGUGUUUGUUUCCAAAUGGUGGUUCCAUGAAAGUGUGAUGAUAAUGGUAGCUCGUGGUGAUAAGAGUGGAGAGGAUGGCAUCCCGAUGCUACUGAAAAUCCCACGAAUGUUUGAUCCUUGGGGUGGCUAUAGCAUCAUUGGAUUUGGUGACAUUAUAUUACCAGGGUUAUUAGUAGCAUUCUCUCUAAGGUAUGAUUGGUUGUCAAACAAAAGACUUCGGGCCGGAUACUUCUUAUGGGCAAUGAUUGCUUAUGGGUUAGGUCUGCUAAUUACAUAUGUAGCUCUGAACCUGAUGGAUGGACAUGGUCAACCUGCUUUGCUGUACAUUGUUCCUUUCACAGUUGGCACAUUAUUGGUGUUGGGGAAGAAACGAGGUGAUUUGAGACAUCUGUGGUCGAGAGGAGAACCAGACCGGCUUUGCCCACACGUCCAGCUUCAACCUUCGGAACAAUAAAGUACUGUAAAGGAUGAUGUCUAUAGUAUGCAAAUAAGUUGGUCCUUUUUAGAGAAUAUGCGAUAUCUUGAACAAAGAUAGAUUGAGAAACAGUAUACUUAGUUUAGAAGACUUUGGUCUGCUUAUUAUUGUGAUUAGUUCCUCUUUUCUUAUAUUCAUACGCCAGCUCAAUGUGUUUCCACAGCUGUCUGAUUUAA